AUGCGGGUGGAAAGCUCUGGCGGUUUCAAAAAAUUGAAAGUUUUUGGUCCAUCUCUUGCACUUAAACAUCUAGUGAUAAUUUACUGUCGCUCUUUGCUUUCUCUCGUCGGUCGCGAUACAGAUAUUGUCUCGCUUUCGACCAAUUCUGGUCAUAACCUGGUUCUUGAGAAUGUUUCGAUGCUUGUGAAUGUUUGGGCUGCUGGAACCCCUACUGGAACUGCAAACUUUGUCGAGAAGGCUGUUUCCUGGAUCUCUUGUUGCCUGUCGAGAUUAGAAAUUCUCACCUUAGAACUGGAGGAUUGGCAAGUGGAAGAAAUGCAGGAUUGGCAAUGGGCAGUGGCAAAGGUUAGCCUCAAUUGA